AUGUUCUCCAACAGUGGUGCACUAUGCUCACUAUUGCUGCUCGCCGGCCAAUCAUUCGGUAGCCCCUUGUUUCACAGAGAUUCUGACCCAUCACUCGAUUGGCUGUCUCUUUGCGAUCAGAAAGCCCCAGAGUACACCCCGCUGGACAAACCUCUGGUUUCAUGGUCCGUAAAGGCACCCGAGGACCGUCAUCCGAGGGUCUACCUGAAGAAAUACUACGAUGACCACGACCCCGGCAAGCCUUACGGGCGCAAGGUCGCGAGAUGGCUGAGUGAGUUCUACAAUCCCAACACCAAGGUCAAGAGCGACCUGGAGUUUAAGCAUAAGCCCAACAAGGAGCCCAUCAGGAAAGACGCGGCAACCCUAGUCACCAUAUUCUAUCCCCCGGACGAUAACAAGGACCAGACCGAAUAUCUCAAUCGGUUCACAAUCUUGGCCAACGCACAAGAGCAGAUAGUCGUCUAUACUACGGAGGGCAUGGUAGAGAAGAUUAAAAAAAUCCGGGACGACGACCAUAUCAUCAUACGCACAGACUUCAAGACUGUAUGGGACUUCCCAAACAACGCGUACCAGCAGGAGAAUUUCGAUGGAAAGCAGAAACAAUUGUAUUGGACCUUCUCGAGGAAUCUUCCAAAGUCACGAACGAUGGACUGGUUCUACAACCAGCCGCACCGCAUGGCGACGUACAACGCCAAGGCUGCUGUCGCGUUCGAUGCCAUUAUGCGCAACGAAUGGGGUUCGGACAAGUGGGUGCUUAUUGACUUUGGUAUAUUUCAUUCAUCUAUUUUCAGAUUCAAUGGCCCGGCAGGAAAGAAAUGGGAAGCCUUCACCAAGGUGCUCUUCGACCAAGACAAGCUCGCCAGGUCCAUCAAACUCACUGGGAACACUGGGGUGGUGGUCGGUGAGUACACAUCCAGACUGGACAUAAAGUCAAGGGACUUUACGGACGAAUGCUGGACGGACAAGACUCACCAGGGGAACUGUCUCCAUUUCGUCGCGAACGUCGCCGUUGGCAGCACCCUAGGUAUGCUAGAGUAUGUCACCAAGUUCAUGAAGACGGUCGACGAUAUGGACGCCGCGGGAUGGUACGUUGCCAGGGAAGAGUUGGUCAUGUCCCCUAUGGCGGCGCGGUAUCCGAACACUCUGGUCGCUGUACCGGAGUAUGAUCUCGCUCCAGAGCUAUACGGUCCACUGCAGAGACUGCUCAAUACCAUCAGCAAGAUCAAGAAGCAGAACGCAGGGGACGCACGAGCCCAUCUUCGAUUUGCAUCGGAUACACUCUCGUGGUCGUCGUACGGCGGGGCCGAGCAGGUGCCUCCUCUCCAGGACCCUUUCACCACGCGCUUUUGCCCCAAGGGCAGCAAAUACCAACCAAGACAGCCGAAUCUUGAGCAAGGGAAGGGGAUUGUGAAGGAUGACCCCGAGGCCGUCGAAAAAGAGAUGAUGGGAGACAGUGACAGCGAUUACGGCGUGUAA